GGGAGGGCUUCUCUGCGUCGCAGGUGAAAGCUCUCUUCGGGUGGGCUUUUCUCACGGACACCGGAGCUACUCACUCCCCUCACCGACGGAUUUGAACCUUGUUUCGCACUCUUGGCAUGACACCGCGCUGACUUUCUGUGAUGAGAUCCUCUAUCCUCGGAUCCUUCUUCGGUCUUCUGCUGCUUCUGCGGGAAAUAGCGUGCCACGGGGAUGAGGUGGCGCCUGGCUCAGUGAACCCGUGCUGCUACUUGCCCUGUCAACACUGGGGCGUGUGUGUAAGAUACACAGAUGACCGCUACGAGUGUGACUGCACCCGCACCGGCUACCAUGGGGAGAACUGCACUGUCCCGGAGUUCUGGACUCGAGUGCGUACCCUCCUGAAGCCCGGGCCGAACACGGUGCAUUUCAUCCUCACGCACUUCCACUGGCUCUGGGACGUGAUCAACAACACUUUUCUGCAGGACGUUUUGAUGCGGCUUGUCCUGACAGUGAGGUCCAACUUAAUCCCGAGUCCUCCAACAUACAACUCAAAAUACAGUUACCUGAGCUGGGAGUCCUACUACAAUCUAAGCUACUACACUCGAAUUCUUCCGCCAGUACCAGAAGACUGUCCUACACCUCUGGGUGUCAAAGGCAAAGCUGGGCUACCCGACCCUGAGCUCCUAGUGGAGAAGCUCCUGAAGAGAAGAACCUUCAGGCCCGAUCCGCAGGGAUCCAACAUCAUGUUUGCUUUCUUCGCACAGCACUUUACCCACCAGUUCUUCAAGACCUACAACCGCAUGGGCGUGGGCUUUACCAAAGCCUUAGCUCACGGGGUAGAUGCAGGACACAUUUACGGAGAUAACCUGGAGCGGCAACUUAAGCUGCGACUUUUAAAAGAUGGGAAACUCAAGUAUCAGUUGAUUGAUGGAGAGAUGUACCCUCCCUCUGUAGCUGAAGCACCCGUCAAGAUGAGUUACCCCCCAAGCGUGGCCCCCGAGGAUCAGUUUGCUAUCGGGCAGGAAGUGUUCGGACUCCUGCCAGGCUUGGGAUUGUACGCCACUUUGUGGUUGAGAGAGCACAACCGAGUGUGUGACAUCUUGAAAGCAGAGCAUUCUACCUGGGAUGACGAGCAACUCUUCCAGACGGCGCGGCUUAUCAUCAUUGGUGAGACCAUUAAAAUAGUGAUUGAAGAGUAUGUGCAGCACCUCAGCGGCUAUCUUCUUCAGCUGAAGUUCGACCCCACCCUGCUCUUUCACGCCCAAUUCCAAUACGCGAACCGCAUCGCCCUGGAGUUCAGCCAGCUCUAUCACUGGCACCCCUUGAUGCCCGACAGCUUUCAUAUCAAUGGGGACGAAAUCACCUACCAGCAGUUCCUUUUUAACACAUCAGUGCUCACACACUAUGGUGUGCACAAGCUGGUGGACGCCUUUUCCCGUCAAGUGGCUGGCCAGGUCGGCGGGGGCCAUAACAUGAACCCUGUGGUGACACCCGUAGCCGUGAGAACCAUCAGGGAGUCGCGGCAGCUUCGCAUGCAGCCUUUUAACGAGUACAGGAAACGCUUUAACCUCAAGCCGUACACUUCCUUCAGAGAGUUCACAGAUAACGAAGAAAUAGCGCUCGCUCUGGAGGAGUUCUACGGCGAUAUUGAUGCGCUUGAAUUUUACCCCGGCAUGCUGCUAGAGAAGACCCGACCGGGGAGUAUAUUUGGAGAGAGCAUGGUGGAGAUGGGUGCGCCGUUCUCUCUCAAAGGCCUCCUAGGCAACCCCAUCUGCUCCCCCGAGUACUGGAAACCUAGCACUUUCGGGGGCAGCGUGGGUUUCAACAUCGUCAACUCGGCCACGCUGAAGAACUUGGUGUGCCUCAACUCCAGGACGUGUCCCUAUGUGGCAUUCCGAGUGCCGCAAGUGGAGCAAAUUGUCAGGACGGAUGAGCUGUUGAGUACAAACAAGUCAAACGUUGCCAUGACGACGCUAGAUGACAAGCUCCUGGGGGAGAAGCUGCAAUACUACUACAGCAGCAGCGAGGACGAAGGUAGUGAUAACGAGGAUGAUGAGAGGGAGUCCAAAAUUAUUCGAGAUGGCGCCGUUGAUGAGCCCGAGCUUGACUACAGUGCUGAUGGCAGCGCGGUCAACACGGGACCGAAGGGUGUGAUCAACGACUGGAGGAAGUACAAGCAGCUAGAGGUGGAGCAGAAGCAGGAACAGAAGAAUGAGAUGGAGCGACUGAUCAAGAAGUUGUCCAUGACGUGCCGCUCCGACCUGGACCUGGAAAAAGACAAAGAGAAGCAGAAGGAGUUGCAGGAUCAAAUCAAAGGCAAAAUGACAAUGCAGGAGUACAACAUGCUCCAGCAGGAAAAGGACGAUGAGGAUUUCCUGCAGCACUACCGCGCGCAACGCAUGGAGGAGAUGCGGCGACAGCUGUACCGCGGCAAGCGUUUCGAACGUGUGAGGGAGCUGGCCGGCGGCGAGGACUUCCUAGAGGCGCUGGACGAGGAGGACAAGAAUACCUUGGUGGUGAUCCACAUCUAUGAGCCCGACACGCCGGGUUGCGAGGCCAUGAGCGGCAGCUUGGCGUGCCUGGCGCGCGAGUACCCGCCAGUCAAGUUCUGCUGCGUGCGCAGCUCAGCCGUCGGCACCAGCGCGCUCUUCCGGGACGGUGCUCUGCCCGCCUUGCUGGUCUACAAAGGCGGCGAGCUCAUCGGUAACUUCGUGCGGCUCACCGACCAGCUGGGCGAGGACUUCUUCGCCGUGGACGUGGAGGCGCUGUUGCAGGAGUACGGCGUGCUGCCCGAGAAGGCCCCCGCACUGCCCAAGACAGUCCGUAAUGGCGCUAUUGUUCAGAGCAAUAUUGGCGACGACGAUGACUCUGAUCUUGACAUUGACUAAGAACACUGGUAUUCUGCAUGGACUGUUUUUUUUUUUUUUUCCCUCCCAUUAUAAAUACACACAUUUACCCCUUAUAAAGGUCCAAUGAGCCUUUUUCAGGUUAAUUCCAAUCCCUUUAUUCUUAAAAUGUAGUAUGUUACUCUUAAAAAGAUAAUUACUGUACAUUUAGCAUAAGUAUAACAAAUAUCCUGCAUACACAAAUUUGUUGGCCCGAUAAUCAAAAUGUAUUGUCAUAAUUUAACAUUUCUAUUUAUGCUGAGUUUUGUCCGCUUUGGUAUCACAUAGACUUGACCAUCUAAUAGUGUAGUUUAUGGGUUUCAAUGUUUUUGUCCUACUUGAAAAAUGAUAAUAGUUUGCAAUGGUAUUCAGCGAAAAUUUGUUUUGUUUUCUCCUAAAAAUCACAUCCUUUUCCAAUAAAUCAGGAUGUAUAGGUGCUGGUCGAGAAUAAAAAAAUAAAAAUCAUGAAAAAGUUCAUUGAGUUCGGUAAUUCCAUUCAAAAUGUAAGACUUGUAUAUUUUAAGCAUUCAUUACCAUAGACUGCAGUAUUUCAAUUUCCAAAUGUUCAUUUCUUAUAUUUUGAUGACUGACAACAUGAAAAUCCUUAAGUAUUUCAAAAAAUUUACAAUAUUACCAUACAAAAAAAGAUAUCUAGAAAUACUGGCCGACUGAAAGGUAUGAGCAUGUAACAGCAAUCAAUACUUAUUUGGGGCUCCUUUGGCCUGUAUUACAGCAGCAAUGCAACGUGGCAUUGAGUCGAUCAGUCUUUGGCACUGCUUGGGUGUUAUGACAGCUCUGAUAGAGACCAUCAGCUGCAUUGUUGGGUCUGUAUCGUGUUUUCCACUUCACAAUACUCUAUACAGCAGGGGUCUCCAAACCGGUCCUCGAGGGCUGCUGUGGGUCCUGGUUUUUGUUCAUACUGAUCAAGCACAUACCUUUUAACCAAUGUGGUUUUCUACUAAAACAAGCAGCACCUGACUGCAAUCAACUGAUUACACUUAUAAAACACCAGAUUGGUGAAAAGGUGUGGUUUUGUCAGAGUGAAAUCCUGCACUCACUGUGGCCCAAUGUGGAAUAGUUUGGAGACAACUGCUGUACAAUAUAUGUUCAAUGGGGUUAAGGUCAGUUAAGUUUGCUGGCCAAUCAGCAACAAGGAUACCAUGGUUCUUAAACCAGGUAGCUUUCACUUUUUGGAUAGAAUUACUGAAAAAAAAAAAAACUUUUUCAUGAUAUUCAAAUGUUUUGGCCAGCAGCUGUAUAUUAGAAUUCCGUAAAUAUACAAUUUUAGUCUUUUAAAUUUUUGUCAUCAUGUUAGGAUUAAAAUGUUACUUUUGUCUCCACACAUUUGCAACUGUAUUCUCUUAAGAAUAUAUAUAAUAACCUCAGUGAUGACCAAUCGGACCUCGUUGUUGUUUCGACCUGUAUCUAAACAUAUGUAAACGUUGGAUAGAUGCUUAAAAUUGUUUAUCUACACACCAACAAUAAUCACUGAGCCCCACAAAACACUAACAAUUGCAUGUGUAAAGGGACCACAUUUUUCCUCUGAUGAGUUAGGUUUCCAGGGUUUUUAAUAACUUGCCAGUGACAUUUUCCCAUUUUCGGCUUCUAGCGUGGGAGUGUGUUCCUUAAAUUGUUUUGUCUGUAUUAUUUAUUUGUGUCCAAAUCACUUUCAUUUUUUGUUUGCAUCUUAAUACUGAACGGCACUAUUACAUAUUAGGUCUUGAUUUUGGUUGA